CACUCUCCAAUCUCCAACAGUAUCGUUUCAGCAGUGCCUUGGUUCUCAUCUUGCUGCGUAAAGUUUAAAAAUAUAAAAAAUCCCACUAAAUUGGUUAAGUAGAAUACAUUUGCAUUUACAACAUUCAAUUUGAACCACGUCCUAAGACCAGGAGACAACGAACUUUAAAGAGUAUUUUCAAUUAAAAGAAACAACCAGAAGAAAAGCAUCACACCAUGUAUCCAUUUGGCUCGGGAGGUCCUCAGCCACCCAACACUUCAGCUCCCUAUCCUCAGGCGCCUUUUGGUUCUGGUAUGCCACAACCAGGACAGUCUCCCUACCCACAUGCAUCACCCUAUCCACAACCUCAUGCCUCACCCUACCCUUCCAAUCCUGCACCCUAUCCCUCCCAACCAUCGUCGAUUCCUUAUCCAAACUACAACCCAAAUCCUGGAUAUCCUACGCAAACGCCUGGAUAUCCUCCAUCGACGUAUCCUCAAGGUGGCGGUGGCUAUCCUCCCCAGCCCAGUCAAGGUUACCCACCCUUUGGGGCUGGAUACCCGCCCACAAAUACAUCCUCACCCUAUCCUAAUCCCUAUUCCCAAACCCCGAGCUCUACACCAGCAACAACUCCCUACCAAAACCCAUAUCCCCCAGCCCCGGCCAAUCCCUAUCCAUCUCAGGCGCCAACUGGCGGCCUGUACCCUGGAAUGCCUGGAACCGGCGGAGGCGCUGCCAUGGGCAUGGCGCAGUGCUUCACCGAGAUGAAGACCCACGUCACGAGAAUUAAUAGUGAGAUCAAGUCCAAGGGAACACCAACAGUCACUGCAGCCCCGAACUUUGAUCCGCUUGCUGAUGCCAAAAUUCUCAGGAAAGCCAUGAAGGGUUUUGGAACAGAUGAAGAUGCCUUGAUCAAUGUGAUCUGUCGUCGUACAAAUGAGCAGCGUCAAAUGAUUGCUAGGGAUUAUAAGACCAAUUUUGGGAAGGACCUCAUUGAGGACAUCAAGUCUGAGACGACUGGAAACUUUGAGAAUCUCUUAGUGGCUCUCAUGACACCCAUUGUGGACUUUUAUGCCAUGGAACUGCAUGAGGCAAUGUCUGGAAUGGGAACAGAUGAGGAUGUCUUGAUUGAGGUGUUGGGAUCCAUGUCCAACUACGAGAUCCACACCAUCAAAUAUGCAUAUGAGAAGAUAUACGGUCAGAGUUUGGAGAACAGACUCAUGUCCGAGACAUCCGGAAACUUCAAGAGACUCCUGGUGUCCCUGUCAGUCGGUGGACGUGAUGAGAGCGGUGUUGUAGAUUCUGCAGCUGCCCAAAAUGAUGCCCGAGAGCUUCUUAAGGCUGGUGAAUUGCGAAUUGGCACAGAUGAGAGUACCUUCAACAUGGUCUUGUGUCAGCGCAACUAUCCUCAGCUUAGAUUGGUUUGUGAGGAAUACCAGAAGAUGACUGGUCAUGGCCUCGACAAAGCCAUCAGGAAAGAAUUCUCUGGAGAUGUAAUGGAGGGUUUACUGGCCAUCGUGGCAGUGGUUUGCAACAAAACGGAGUAUUUUGCAUCUUUGCUUAAGAAGAGCAUGGCUGGGAUUGGCACCAAUGACCGGCAAUUGAUCCGCCUCGUAGUGACCCGAUGCGAAAUUGACCUGGCAGACAUUAAGGCAACCUUCGAACGCCUCUAUGGCAAAAGUUUGAAGAGCUGGAUUAAGGGAGAUACAUCUGGACACUACAAACAUGCCCUAUAUGCUCUCAUAGGCGAAGAGAGAUCCUCAUAAAAUCCGUCUUUUAAAUUGUUCUAUUUUUUCUAUGUAUUGCGUUUUUCAAGUUCCAUUAAUGUGACAAAGCGAGCUAAUAUGAAUUUCUUCCAGCAAUUCUCUCUGUAAUUAAAACUGUGGGUUGGAAUUGAAGGGGAAGAGCCAAGAAUUAUAAUAUUAACAUCUUCCUCUCUGGCCGCAAGUUUCUUUCUCAAUAAAGAUGUUCGCGCUGAAAUUUGCACAA